AUGGCCUCAUCAGCUGCCGCUCAUGGCUCCCGGCGUCCACCCACGAGACCAAUAAUCUCCGCAGACCGGAACCACCACCGCAUCAUCCAACUCGACGACUUCUCCUCUCACAUCGCAAGUGCAGAACAACAACCACCGCCAGCAGGACCAGUAUCGGCAGCAGCCAAAUCCUCCUUCAAACACCUCUUCACAUUCACCCCCGCACGGCACAUACCCUUGGUCGCCCUCUCGUUCACCACCGCCGCCCUCGUCGCCGCCGGCCGCACUGCCUACGCCGUCCUCCUCGGCCGCAUCUUCGACGUCGUCACCCGCUUCGGCACCGGCCUGCUCUCGCCCGCCGACUUCCUCGCCCAGAUCUCCCAGUGGGCCGUCUGGUUGUGCGUCCUAGGCGCCGGCAUGUGGGUCGUUUCGACCGUCGACGCCGCCGCCUGGGUCGUCGGCGGGGAGCUCAGGGCGCGGACGGCGAGGCGGGAGGUGUUUUGGCGGUUCCUGAUGGGCAAGGAGGUGGGUUGGUUCGAGGCGCGGGAGGAAGGGGUUGGCGGGUUGACGGCCAGUGUUGCGACGCAAACGAGGGAACUGCAGACGGCCACAUCCCAGACGCUUGGCUACAUUGUCUGCGACGUGUUUGUGUUCGCCGCCUGCCUCGUCGUCGCGUUCGUCUACUCGUACAAGCUGACGCUUGUCAUGCUGGCGACUGGUGUCCCCUCGGCCCUGAUACUCUGGCGCAUCAGCAGGUUCCUCGACCCGGCGAUCGAGGCGCAGAAGAGAGAGCUCGCGCAGGCCGCUAAGUACGUCACCGCCGCCUCCACCGCCAUAGACCUCGUCAAGGUGUACAACGCGGCCGACCACGAGGCGUUCAACUUCACUUCGGCAAUCCGGAGGUCGGCGAGGUAUUACUCGCGCCAAGCGAUGUGCAACUGCGGGCAGAUGGGCUACGUCAAGUUAUGGAUGAUCACGUUGUUCGUGCUGGGCUUUUCAUUUGCCGUCGUUCAAGUCAAAAAUGGCGAGCUUAGUCCGGGCGAUGCGUUGACCACCUUCUAUGCCGCCCUUAUCGCGUUCCAGUCGAUCGAGAUGCUCGGACCGCACUGGCUCGUAUUGGCGAAGGGCAUGGCCGCAGGACAGCUGCUUCGAGGACUGGUGGAUGAGAGCGGCAGUGGUCAACUCGAGAGAACUGCUGGCUGUCUAAAGCCCUCUGGGUGUCGGGGAAUCAUCGAGAUGAACAAUGUUAGCUUUGCGUAUCCGUCAAACUUUGCCAGGGCAGUCAUACGGCCAUCGAAUCUUCGUUUCGAGCCUGGACGGCUCACCUUUGUCAUUGGCAGAAGCGGCUCUGGUAAGAGCACCCUCGGCAGUCUCCUCGUGCGGUUCUACGAACCCCUCACCGGACAGAUCAUGCUGGAUGACAACCCCAUCACGGCAUUCGAUCUCAACUGGCUUCGACAAAACGUUACGCUUAUCCAGCAAUCCAGUUCGAUCUUUGGUGACAGCUUCUUCAAAAACGUCGCCCUUGGCGCCAUGGAACCAGACAAUGUCCCCCUCGACGCCGUGCAAAGCGCUUGCUCCAUGGCCCUCCUCCAGUCCACCAUUUCCAGCCUACCCAACGGACUCGACACCACGAUCGGUCCAGGCGGCUACGGCUUGAGUGGUGGACAGAGGCAGCGUCUAGCUCUUGCCCGAGCCAAAUUACGCGAUCCACCCGUUUUGAUUCUUGACGAGAUCACCAGCGGACUCGACCCCGUGAGCCGAAAUCUGAUCAUGGAAGGCAUUCGCGCGUGGAGAAAGGACAAGACAACAAUCAUCGUCACUCACGAGGUCGGCGACAUUAAGGACGAUGAGUAUGUCUAUGUCCUUGCAGAUGGAUCGGUGGCUCAAGAGGGUCUCAAGCGUGAGGUUGCCAAGGAUGAGAGCGGCCUCUUUGCCUCGUUCGUUGCCUCUGCCGAGACUGCCUGUUCCGGCACUGACAGCGAGACUGAGAGCGAGACUGAGAGUGAAUCCGAUUCCUCUGACGACGGUCCUCUCCAGGAGUCCCAAUAUGCUAGGUCGCCCCGAGGUGCGCUCAUCAGCAACCAAAGAAUGCCUGUGGGCCUGUUCCAGCGCAUCUCGCUAGGACCCCGAGCAACCAUCGCACAGGAGUCCAUCUGCCGAUCCAUCACUCACAAGAUGGCCACGGAUGAUGAGCCUGUGACUGUCAACAUCAGCCGCCCCUCUAGUAUCCGGAUCAUAGCGCAGCAAGGAUUAGCAGCUCAAAGAAGUAGGACUCUGAAUGCACGCCAGGCUUUGCGGACCGAUCUGGACCCGGAGCUCCAAGUGUCUCUCGACUCACUAGACCGUUUCUUUCUCGAGCACCUUGCCAAGCCCAGGGGCCGCGAGAGCCCAUCUAAGGGGACCCAACUACCUUCACUCGCGGCCAUUUUGAAGACUGUCUGGCCGACGCUGGACAGGACGGGCAAGGCUCAACUGAUCGCUGGUAUUGCUCUGUGUCUGGUUGUCGCAGGCAGCAACCCCGUCUUCUCCUUCUUCUUUGCCAAUCUUAUCGGACAAUUCUGGAACAUGGAGGGCCAAGAGAGCUCAGUCCCCAAGUGGGCUGGCCUCCUUGCCGCCAUUGCUGCUAUCGAUGCGAGCGCUACCUUCUUUGGCUACUUCCUCAUGGAACAAGUGGCCCAGAAAUGGGUCAAUAAUCUGCGCGCAGAGGCGAUCAAGCGCAUCCUUAGACAGCCCAAAUCGUGGUUCGACAGGGCAAACCAUUCCCCGGCUCGCAUCACCCAGUGCCUCGACCGCAACGCCGAGGAGAUGCGCAAGCUUGCCGGCAUGUUCGUGCCCCUCCUUUUGACCAUCUCCACCAUGAUGCUCUCCUCGCUCAUUUGGGCGCUGGUUGUCCGGUGGGACUUGACAUUGGUGACGCUCGCCGGCGUGCCCGUGGUCAUCGCAGCGGCGCGCGCCAACUCGCUGACGAGCGACAAGUGGGAGGCCGCCUGCGAUCAAGCUGCUGCCGCGACCAACGCCAUCUUCAGUGAGGCCUUGGCCAACAUCAGAGUCGUGCGCGCCCUGACACUGGAGCGCUACUUUAGCAACAAAUUCAGCCGCUCCGCAGCUGCCACCUACCAUCUCGGGGUGAAGCGUGCAGGCUUCAUCGGGUUCUUCUACGGCUUGCACCAGUCCAUCGUCUUCUUCCUGACCGCUCUCGUCUUCUUCUACGGUGCCAAGAUACUCGGCGAAGAGGGUACCACCGUGACCGACGUCGUCAGGGUCAUCAACCUCUUGCUCUUCUCGCUCGGCACCGCGGUUGCCAUGCUGGGCAACGUCCCGCAGAUCGCCGCCGCCAAGGCCACGGCGGUGCAGAUGCUCUACUACGCCAACCUAUCGCACGCCGCGAGCCACGAGUCUCGAGGCGAAAGGCGGCUCUUCACCCCGCUCCCCGUCCGCAUGACGAACCUGCGAUUCGCCUACCCCAGCGCGCCCCAGACCCAGGUCCUGCGCAACAUCAACCUGCAGUUCGACGCCGGUACGUGCACAGCCAUCGUGGGCGCCUCGGGCUGCGGCAAAUCCACCAUCGUGAGUCUACUCUUGCGGCUAUACGACCCGCUGCAAGAAGAGACGGACCCGGCACGCGCAGCGCACCGAAGCGAAUCCGGAGCCCCCAUCUCCCCGACCCCGGAAUCCCCUAGCACUCCCCGAUGCCAACGCUCCUCCCCCUUCCCCUCUGCCACCGCCACCACCAACACCACCACCAACACCCCACCCCUGACCUACGCCUCUGUCCCCUCCUCCCACGUCCACACCCCUUCUCUGCGCGCCCGCAUCGCCUACGUGCCGCAGACCCCGGUCCUCUUCCCAGGCACGGUGCGCGCCAACCUGACCUACGGGCUGCACGAGGGGUCGCCGCUGCGGGCGGAGGCCAACGUCGUCCUCGCCGCGCAGCAGGCCGGCAUCCACCCGUUCGUCGCCUCGCUGCCGCAGGGGUACGACACGCCCCUCGGCGGCGACGGCGGCGGCGGCAUUGGCGGCGGCAUUGGCGGCGGGGGGCCGGCCGCCGUGUCGGGCGGGCAGGCGCAGCGGCUGUGCAUCGCGCGCGCCCUCGCCCGCCGCCCGCGCCUGCUCGUGCUCGACGAGCCCACCAGCGCGCUGGACGCCGAGGCGGCCGCCGAGGUGAGGCGGCUCCUGCGCCGCCUGGUGGAGGGCGGGGGCAUGGCGGUCGUCGUGGUGACGCACAGCAAGGAGAUGAUGCGGAUGGCGGACCGGGUGGUGAUGAUUGAGGGAGGGGUCGUGGCGGAGCAGGGCGGGUACGACGAGCUGAUGACGGCCCCGGGAGGCAAGUUCCGGGCGCUGGUCGAGGGCGGGGUCUGGACUGCCGGCGAGGGCGGUUAUGCUGAGGAGAUGGAAGGGAAGGGGAAGGGGAAGGGGAAGAGAAAGAAGAAGAAGGAGAAGAAGGAGAAGAGGGGUGCUGCCGGGUGGAGGGACGUGGAGAGGUCGAGGGAGGAAGCGCUUAGGCGACUGGAGGGUAAGUCGGACUAA